AAAAUUUCAAAAUAAACACUUUUUAUUAUUCCCGUCAAAAAUUAAACUCAUCGUCAAUAAAAAUUUUAAUUAGCUUUCAAAAUCUUUAUUUGUUUGACAGUCUUGCUGCAAAAGAUAGCAAGUCAUCAUUUCUGAAGGAAAUGAGAUCGUCGGUACAAUAAAAUAAAAAUAAUAAAUACAACAAAUUGAAAAUGGAAGUUAUAUUUCUGUACUUCAAAAUGGCGUCCUUCUGUUGUUCUAAUACCACGUGCGUAUCAUUAUAUUAUAAUUUUUCUUAUUUAUGAUGGGUCGCCUUCGUAAACGACAUAAUUGGAGAGCUCGUCAUGUUGACCAAAAAUAUGUGAAGAAAAUCGCUAAAGGUGAAGUACAUAACCAAAACGAUGUCAAGGUUUCUGAGACGAAUAAUUUGGCCUAUGGAAGUUCUUUAAAUGGAAGUAAUGCUCUUACUUUACCCCCCAAAAAAGAAGUAAAAUGCUCAAGAAUACUUCCUAUUCAUAAUGAAAAAAAGCAUCUCAGCAAGAAGGUGAGAAAACGUUUAGAAAAAAUAGUUGAGAAAAAGAGAAAAAAGUCCAAACGAGCUGACGUGUUCAGAAUGUUGGCAGAAACAUCAAUAAGUGAACAAGAAAUUAGUCAAUAUAAAUCAGUGAAGACCAUUGGACAAGUAAGCUACAAAAAUUUGAAAACAGCCAUGUUGGAUACUUGUGAUGUUAAAUCCUUAUACAAAGGAAAAAGGAAAAAAGGAAAAAAAGAACGCAUACGAAAGAAAAUGAAAAUCAUGAAUGAAAAUGCUAAAUUACAGGAGAAUCGUGAAGAAAGUAGUGACAGCAGCACAGAGGAUGAUGAAAAAUCAAUGGUUAUUGAGGAUACACCUAUUGACAUAAUAAAAAAUGUUGAAAUAGAGGAGGAGAAGGAUGAUGAAAAAGUAACUGUUGGAAGCCCAAUAAAAAAAAUAUCAAACAACCCAGAGCUUUCAAUCACUUGCAGUGAACCCAAAGUCGAUGAAUCGAAGCGAAUCAUAGAGAAAAGUGAUACAUCGAAAAAUAAUUCUGUGUAUGUUGAAGUAUUUCGUGAGUCUGAGAUCCAAAGUGCUCGCCUACAGUUACCUAUUCUUGGUGAAGAACAAGCAGUCAUGGAAGCUAUCAGAGAAAAUGAUGUUGUUCUUUUGGUUGGAGAAACAGGAAGUGGCAAAACCACUCAAGUUCCUCAAUUUUUAUAUGAGGCAGGCUUUGCUUUGGAGAAAAUGAUUGGUGUGACUGAGCCAAGAAGGGUUGCUGCUGUUAACAUGUCUGAGAGAAUUUCUUUGGAAAUGUCUUUGCCAAAGAGUAUUAUAUCUUACCAAAUUCGAUACGAAGGAAAUACGACAUCCGCGACAAAAAUCAAAUUCAUGACUGAUGGUGUUCUAUUGAGAGAAGUUGAAAAUGAUUUCUUUCUUUCAAAAUAUUCCGUCAUUGUAAUAGAUGAAGCUCACGAAAGAAGUGUGUACACUGAUAUACUUAUUGGCUUAUUAUCAAGGAUUGUCCUGUUAAGAAAGAAACAGGGAAUUACCUUAAAGCUGGUUAUCAUGUCAGCCACAAUGAAAGUUGAAGACUUUACCAACAACACAAACCUUUUCACACCUAUUCCUCCUGUUGUCAAAGUUGAAGCUCGUCAAUACCCUGUCACAGUUCAUUUUAACAAACGCACUCCUGUUGAUUACGUUGAUGAGGCAUUCCGUAAAGUCGUCAAAAUCCAUAAGAAUCUACCAGAUGGAGGAAUUCUUGUAUUUUUGACAGGACAGAAAGAAAUUAAUUCCCUUUGCCGUAGGUUAAAGGAAAGCUUUCCCUUGAAGAAAGCCUUGACGCCAUGCAGUAAGGACAAAUCUAACACAAAAUCCAUUAACUUAGAUGAUUACACAUUGUCUAAUAACUCAACAGUUAUGCACCGUGAAAUGGAAGAUGAAGACGCUGAUGAAUUAUUUAACAAUGGUGACAAUCACGGUGAAUCAGAGAAGUGUUUCGAUGAGCAAAAUUCACUUGAUGAUAACUGGUGCCCUAUGUAUGUCUUGCCUCUUUACUCAUUACUAUCCAACGAAAGACAGAGAAAGGUGUUUGAUACACCUCCAGAUGGUGCGAGAUUUUGCGUUGUUUCGACCAAUGUUGCUGAAACAUCUUUAACAAUACCUCGUAUAAAAUAUGUAAUCGAUUCUGGUAUGGUGAAGAGACGAUAUUAUGAUAAGGUUACUGGAGUUUCUUCAUUUAAAAUCACGUGGACAUCCCAAGCAUCGGCCAAUCAAAGAGCAGGAAGAGCUGGACGUAUUGGCCCUGGUCAUUGUUAUCGUCUCUAUUCCUCCGCUGUUUUUAAUAAUGAUUUUGAAUCUUUUACAGAACCGGACAUACUGAGACGUCCUGUAGAUGAUCUUGUAUUGCAAAUGAAGGCUAUCAAUAUUGAUAAAGUCGUUAAUUUUCCUUUUCCAACUCCACCAAAACCUCAAGUGCUUGAAGCUGCUGAGAAAUUGCUUAUUGACCUUGGAGCACUUGCCCCAAAACGAACAACCAAAGGCAAUCUUACCUCCGUAAUUACUGCUAUUGGUCGAACAAUGACAAAGUUCCCUGUUUCACCCCGCUUUGCCAAGAUGCUGUGCUUGGCGCAUCAAAAUCAAUGUUUACAAUACGUCAUUGUUAUGGUUGCUGCUCUAACAGUCAGUGAAUUGUUUUCACAAUCUGUUGAAGAAGGCAAUGAAAAGAAAGAGCGACAGAGUAAAGUUACGCAGCUAAGAAGAACAUGGGCUGGAGAAGGCGUAAGCAAAUUGUUAGGUGAUUACAUGGUAAUGUUGCGUGCUAUUGGAGCCGCUGAAUUCGCUGGAUGUUCAACUAAGUUUUGUCAUUCAAGUGGCCUACGACCCAAAGCCUUGAUUGAAGUACGCAAGCUUCGCGUGCAGUUAACAAAUGCAGUAAACAGUGUGAAUCCUGAUGCACAGUUAUAUGUUGAUCCCAAGAUGAAACCUCCAACUAUACCACAAACGACAGUAUUAAGACAAAUCAUUUUGUCCUGUUUUGGUGACAAUAUUGCGCGUCGUAUGUCUGUUGACGAAUGCUCCAGACGUGAAAUCAAGAACGCUUAUGAAUGUCAUUUAACUGAAGAUCCUAUUUUUAUCCAUCCUACUUCAUCACUGUUUGCUGAUCUACCCGAGUACAUCGUUUUCCAGGAAGUAGUGGAAACUACUAAACUGUACGUUAAAGGCAUCGCUGCAGUUGAACCAGAAUGGUUUGCAGAGUUGAUCCCACAGCAUUGCUCUUUCUCCAAGCCUUUGAAAGAUCCUCCACCAAGAUUUGAUGCGUCAACAGGGCUUGUGAAGUGUUACAUGAACGUUGCAUUUGGGAAACGUGGUUGGGACCUCCUUUCACAAGAGUUGGAGUACCCAAAAUCUAUCGAUAAAUUUAAAUGGUUUGCGCGUUUUUUGUUGGAGGGCGAGGUUUUUUCCAAAUUAGCUCCUUUUACUCAGCACCUUCUGUCUCGUCCAUCAGUUAUGGUGAAGACGUGGUCUAAACUGCAACCCCGAACAGAAAUACUGCUGAAAGAACUCGUCGAUAAUGAUAUUGAAAAUAAAAAUAGUUUGGUUGCUCAAUGGAAGGAAGACUCGAGUUUUUUGUUGAAGUCAUAUCUUCAAUGGAUUCCUUCAGCUACACACGAUGAUAUAAAGAACAUAUGGCCUCCUAUAUAAAAUAGCGAGAAAUCUUUUUGCCCUAGAAUUAAAUAUAAUUCAUCCAAAUAAGUUUUCAAAGUGAUUUUGUUCUUUUAAGAGUAUGGAAACUGAAUUGAUAACGACAAGAAAUUUUA